AUGACCCCAACCAAUUCCUCCCCCACGAUCCUCUCCAUGGAGGUAUCAAGCAAAGAUGACAGCGACUACCGAAUCCUCCUACAAAACAAAAUCCGAUACCUCACAAUCCGACCCGGAACGGUCAACCGCUCAACCCUCUCCACACCUCUCAGCUCACUACACAACCUCCCAGGAGACAAUACCUGGAACUGCGCACUCAUCAGCCGAAACCCAUCCAGCCAUCAACUCACCAUCGAACUACAGAACCGAAAUCUAAUCGGCAUAUCAGACAUCUGGCAUCCUGUGCAGAUUGACUGUCUUCAGCUAAGAAGGACAAGACAGCUUACAGCUACUACAUUCGAAGCAACCUACUGCAGUACUAUUAGCGAGUCGCUAAGGACUACGACGUUGGGAGAGAACGCAACAGUAAUUGUCAAAACUGCCCGAUUCGAGUGGGAAAUACCAAGAUUAGCGCGAGAGACGUCUAUAUAUAAGCAAUUACAGGGCAUCUCUGAUCUCGCUCCGCGAUUCCUGGGCCAUGUGCAUGAGCAUGGACGUGUCAUUGGGUUCAUACUCGAAAAGAUGGAGGGGCGGGAAGCGGGGAUCGAGGAUCUUGUCGGGUGUCAAGCUGUGUUGAAGAGUCUGCAUGAUAUUGGUAUCGUGCAUGGCGAUGUUAAUAGAUAUAAUUUUGUUGUUCGGGGUGAUGGUACGGUUAGGUUGAUUGACUUUGAGAGAAGUUGGCAAGACAAGGGUGCGACUGCGCUUAUGCGUGCUGAGAUGGAGAGUCUGGGUGAGCAGUUGUUGGAGGAGACAGGACGGGGUGCUGGUUUUAUUUCGUUGAAUUAG